AUGGCCAACGCCCUCGACCACCUAAAUGCCGGCCGCACGCGCAUUGAAUGGCUCUCGCAGCUGAACACCGAAUACCACCCCGCCAAAGAGUAUCGCCGGACCUCCAUCAUCUGCACAAUUGGUCCCAAGACGAACUCCGCCGAGAAGAUUAAUAUGCUCCGCAAAGUCGGUCUCAACGUCGUUCGCAUGAAUUUCUCUCACGGCACGUACGAGUACCACCAAUCCGUCAUUGACAAUGCCCGCAAAGCCGAGAAGGAGAUGCCAGGCAGGCCCCUUGCAAUUGCUCUCGAUACCAAAGGUCCAGAAAUCCGGACGGGCAACACCGUCGGCGAUGCGGAUAUCCCAAUUAGCGCUGGGGACGUCCUCAACAUCACUACCGAUGAGGCGUACGCCACGAAGAGCGACAACCAUAAUAUGUAUGUCGACUACAAGAACAUCACCAAGGUGAUCGAAGCCGGCCGCACCAUCUACGUCGACGAUGGUGUCCUUUCCUUCGAGGUGCUCGAGGUUGUGGAUGAAAAGACUCUGAAGUGCAAGUGCGUCAACAACGGCAAGAUAUCCUCCAAGAAGGGUGUCAACCUCCCUAAGACUGACGUGGAUCUUCCCCCACUCUCCGAGAAGGAUAAGGCUGAUCUCCGGUUCGGUGUUAAGAACGGAGUCGACAUGAUCUUUGCUUCUUUCAUCCGCCGCGGAAGCGAUAUUACUGCCAUCCGAGAAGUCCUCGGAGAAGACGGAAAGGAUAUCCAAAUCAUUGCCAAGAUUGAAAACCAGCAGGGUGUGAACAACUUUGACGAGAUUCUCAAGGAGACGGACGGUGUCAUGGUUGCUCGAGGUGAUCUUGGAAUCGAAAUUCCCCCAAGCCAGGUCUUCAUCGCCCAGAAGAUGAUGAUCACGAAGUGCAACAUUGCAGGCAAGCCCGCGAUUUGCGCUACUCAGAUGUUGGAAUCCAUGACCUACAAUCCCCGUCCUACCCGUGCUGAAGUCAGCGAUGUUGGUAACGCUGUCUUGGACGGCGCGGACUGCGUCAUGUUGUCUGGUGAGACGGCUAAGGGCAACUACCCCGUUGAAGCUGUGACUAUGAUGCACGAGACGUGCUUGUUGGCUGAAGUUGCUAUCCCGUACGUUAGCGCAUUCGACGAGCUCAGGAAACUGGCUCCAGUCCCCGUCCCCACGACCGAGACCUGCGCCAUGGCAGCCGUUAGCGCUAGUUUAGAACAGAACGCUGGCGCUAUCCUGGUUUUAACUACUAGCGGAACUACUGCCCGCCUAGUCUCCAAGUAUCGACCCGUCUGCCCUAUUAUCAUGGUUACUCGUAAUGCAAUGGCGGCCCGGUACUCUCACCUGUACCGUGGAGUCUACCCAUUCUACUUCCCCGAAGAGAAGCCCGACUUUAGCAAGGCUCCGUGGCAGGAGGACGUUGAUCGUCGUCUGAAAUGGGGUAUCAUGAACGCCGUCAAGCUUGGUGUCCUCAACAAGGGCGACGCCGUCGUCUGCGUUCAAGGAUGGAGAGGUGGAAUGGGUCACACCAACACGCUGCGCAUCGUCCCUGCUACCGAAGAUCUGGGGCUGGACCAGGAAGCUUGA